AUGCAUUUCACCAAUCUCGCAUUGGCCGCCUUGACGGUAGCGGGUGCAAAUGCAGCUCCUCGCCCUCAAAAUAUCGACUUUCAAUCUCUCAGCCCUAUCGUACAAACUGUUCAAAAUGUACCAGUUGGUGUUACUUCUCAAGUUGUGUCAUAUAAUCCGACUGCCGCUGCUUCCAUCGCCGCUGCCGCCGUGACGCAAAGCUCAGCAAUCAAAGGAACUACCUCAGACACGAAACGGCAAUUCAAUCAUCUCAAAGCCAGAGAUGGUACAUGCGCGAGGCAACCAGAAACAAUAUACACAGGCACCAAUCCGAAAGACGAUCCGGAUUCGUUUGUAGCAUAUAAGCCAUUUGCUGAUGCAGCUAAUAGUGCAUCAACUCCUUCUGGCUAUACCAGAUCCUUUGUCAAUCUUCAUGCAUCCAAUAAUGCCUUGAAGUAUAUGGGAUUUACGCAAUUACCAACUUACGAUACCGCCUCAUGUGCUGACAAGUGCUCUACCAUUACCGGGUGUAAUGCUUUCAAUCUCUACUUUGAACGCGAUCCAAUUGUCGAUCCAGGUGCUAAUUGUACAAAUCCUUCUUCAAUGACCAAUGUCAAAUGUGUUUUCUGGGGUGGCUCAAUUGAUGCUAAGACUGCAGUCAAUGAUGGUCAAUGGCGUAGCAAAUUCCGCGUUGUCAUCGCAGGAUCUAAUGGUUAUAACCUUGCUUCCCUUCCCACACCAGGCGGAUACACUCCUCCUUCAUGCCUUGAAGACUCUGCUAUCAACGCUCCAUUGGACUGCAACAAAGACGACACUUUCCUCGGUUCCCGUUUCUUUACCGACACUCCUUUUGAUGUUAGCCUUUGUACAGCAGCUUGUGAUGCGACUAGCUCAUAUGAUCUUGCUCAUCCACCCGCGAUUGGUAGCCCAAAGACUUGUCAAUUCAUCAACACUUACAUCCUUUACUUGAAUGGUGUUGCUCAAGGUCAAACUUGCGCCAUGUACACAGAAUCGUGGGAUUCCAGUUAUGCUACAAAUACUGGUUAUACUAGUGGAAGGGGUGUCUAUACCAUCGGCUCUUCUUAUACUCUCUCCAAUGCUACCAAUCCGAACUACGCAAAGGAUUGCAAGGCUUCAGCCAAUUCUAGUUCAAGUAGUGUUUUGAGCUCUUUAGCCUAUGCUUCAUCAACUUCGGGAACCGCAACUUUCAAGAUUGUUAGCAGCACUUCGGCACCUGAUUCUUUACCUUCCAAUACAGCAAAUGGCACUUCUGUUCAUGAUUCUUCAACGUCAUCUAUCUCAAAUUCUAAGAUUGUGAGCGGUACUUCGAAAUCUCAUGUAUUGCCCUCAACUACAGCAAACAUCACAUCAGUACAUGCUUCUUCGACACCUUAUGCAUCUAAUACAUUGGCUUCCAGUACAGACAGUACGGCGAUAUCUAGUACACUGAUUUCAUAUACAAGAAACAGCACUUCAGCUUAUGCUCCUUCAAUGACAAGCACCUCAGCUUUCCAUACAUUAAGUACCACUACGGCAUCCGGUGCAUCGGCUUCCAACACAGCCAACAGCACUUCCGAAUCUAGCCGAUCAGCUUCCAAUACAAUUGGAAGUACUUAUGUAUCUCAUGCAUCGCCCUCGAAUACAAAAAGCAGCCACCUGGCCCCACAAGGAACUGGUUAUGCCUCAGAUAGUGGAUAUAUUACCAGUGGAUCUCCCACAAGCAGUGAAUCAGGAUAUAAUUCUUUACCUUCGAGCACAAAGAGCAGCAAUUUUGGAUCAUCAGGAAGUGGUUAUGCCUCAGCUAGUGGACCUACCUAUUCUAGGCCCCAUUCUAUCAUCAGUGGAUAUCCCACAGGCACUGUAUCAAAUGCAUUGCCUUCAUAUACAGCAAGCGUUUCAGCACCUGAUACGUUGCCCUCAAACUCAGAAAGCAACACUGCCUCGAGUUCUGUAUCGAGUCAUGCCUUCACAUCUGUUACUUCUUCCGGUUAUUUAUCCGCAUCAUCGUCCGCCGCAGCAACAGAAUCAGUCUCUGCUAGCGGUAAUGCACCUUCAAUCUCCAACAGUGGAUCUGCCGGCUCUUACGCAUCCGAAACAUUGUCUGGUAGCAUUCCAUCUUGCACAUCUUCAGGUUCAUCCGAUCCGGUCACAUCGUCAAAUCUUGGCAUCAACUUUGCUUAUUUCAGCAACCCAACUCUGACUACUGGCUACGGGUCGUCGCAAUUUGAUAUCAAUUCGCUGAAUGGAAAGAUCCCCACCUACACAGGGACAGCCAGUCAAAUUGGUUUCUCCAAUACUGCGGCUGGUUCGGAUGUGACUCUAUACCCUGGUGCGCCAUCCUACAGCCUUGAACAACUUGCCAUCGUUCAUACCGGCUACGUGUAUGCUCGGAAAGCAGGAACUUACACCUUCAACAUUACCUCCUUUGAUGACAUUGUUAUGGGAUGGAUCGGCUCAAACGCAUUUGGUUCCUACUCCUCCAGCAAUGCCGACCUUAAUGCCGCUAGCUCUGAUACCCACAAUGCCGUCACAACAGUUUCCAAGACUUUGACUGCAGGACAACUCCUGCCAUUCAAGGUCCUUUGGGCUAAUGGUGCCAGUAGUGGUAGUCUCGGCUUCAGUAUCAAGGGUCCAGAUUCAAUUCUCUUGUCUUCAUCCUCUGGGUCCGCUAAAGAUGUCAUUACCACACCAUCCAGUAUCCAAACAUUUUCAUUCCCAUCGGUACCUUCUAUACCUACUAAUGCUACUGCUGGUUUCACUAGCUCUCAUUAA